UCCAGAAAGAAGAGCUGCCGAGAAGGAUGGACCGUAUUUUACAGCGGCAGGACAGCUGGUCCAGCUUUUACACCGGAAAACAAGAUGAGGACCAAAGCGCCGAUUCCAUCAAACCUCAGGAUGGUUUCAGUGCUCUGCUGAGGCGUCAUGGCGGCUCCAGAAGAAACUCUCUGCUGCGCUGGUGCCAGAGUCGUACCCAAGGUUAUAAGAAUAUUGAGAUCACAAACUUCAGCAGCAGCUGGGAUGACGGUUUGGCGUUCUGCGCUGUUUAUCACACAUAUUUGCCAACUCACAUCCCGUACGACAACCUCAACCCAGCAGACAAGAAGGAAAAUCUGGACCUUGCUUUUAAGACGGGAGAGAGAGUGGGAAUCAUUUCCACACUGACAUCGGGGGAGAUGCUGAAGGCAGACGGACCGGACUGGCAGCAGGUCCUCUGUUAUGUUGAAAGCAUUUUCCGUCACUUUGAGAUGUGAAGUCCUUUUCUCUUGUGUUGCUCUUCAUCACGGUUCUUUUCCAUCAUCAUUGUGGCUCAAGGACUGAACCAGAGAGAGUUCUACCCUUUAAUUUUAACAGGCAGGAUUUUAAACGUGUCAGCAAUAUUAAGCUUUAUGACGUGUUUCUAUGUAUCAAUACAACGUCCUUCACACAGAAACUAAACCUUGGAGUAUUUCUAUUUUUCUACAUGCCAUCUACUCAGAUCCAAAUGGCUGCUGGGUUAUGAUGCACAAAAAGACACUUAAAAGAUUUGUCAAAUUAUAAACGCAUGCUGAACAAUCACUGUCACGUUGGGUGCUGGGUGCACUGGUUUGCCUUUUUGAAGAUUGAUGAGCACUUAAUGAUUCAUGUAAAUGUGCGCUGUAUUAUGUGGAUUUCAGGAUCUGGGGCACUUUUAAUUUUUUUUUUUAUUUCUUAACUAAUAGUAAUUUUAUCAUGAAC